CUCCCCUCCCCCGCCCCUCUCUCCCCACCCCAGCGGGAUCGUUGAUUCAUCCGCUUCGUUAUCGUUAUUUUUUUGGGGGGAGGUGCGUGUGAGGGGGGGGGAGGCGUCAUUGGAAGAGUAAAACGUUAUUGAGCUCUUUUUUUUUUGCCCUUUUUCCCCCUCUCAUUUUUUAAUUUCCUUUUUUUUUUAAGGUGGGCAAACUGUGAAACCCACCUAAGUCUCCACUCCUUCCCCCUUCCCCACCUUCCCUCAUCCCUUCCCAGCCCCCCCCCACAAGGAAGGACGAGGCAGUUGGUUCAAUCUCUGGUAAUCUAUGCCAGCAAUUAUGACAAUGUUAGCAGACCAUGCAGCUCGUCAGCUGCUGGAUUUCAGCCAAAAACUGGAUAUCAAUCUUUUAGACAGUGUCGUGAAUUGCUUAUACCAUGGAGAAGGAGCCCAGCAAAGAAUGGCUCAGGAAGUCUUGACACACUUAAAGGAACAUCCUGAUGCAUGGACAAGAGUUGAUACAAUUUUGGAAUUUUCACAGAAUAUGAACACGAAAUAUUAUGGACUACAAAUUUUGGAAAAUGUGAUAAAGACAAGAUGGAAAAUUCUUCCAAGGAACCAAUGUGAAGGAAUCAAAAAAUACGUUGUUGGCCUUAUCAUAAAAACUUCAUCUGACCCAACAUGUGUAGAGAAAGAAAAGGUAUAUAUUGGAAAAUUGAAUAUGAUUCUCGUUCAGAUCUUAAAACAAGAAUGGCCAAAACACUGGCCAACCUUCAUCAGUGACAUUGUAGGAGCAAGUAGGACCAGUGAAAGUCUCUGCCAGAAUAAUAUGGUGAUCCUUAAACUAUUGAGUGAGGAAGUAUUUGAUUUCUCCAGUGGACAGAUAACUCAAGUGAAGGCAAAGCAUUUGAAAGACAGCAUGUGCAAUGAAUUCUCACAGAUAUUUCAGCUGUGUCAGUUUGUGAUGGAAAAUUCCCAAAAUGCCCCACUUGUACAUGCCACUUUGGAAACAUUGCUAAGAUUUCUUAACUGGAUUCCACUGGGAUAUAUAUUCGAAACGAAGUUAAUCAGCACAUUAAUAUAUAAGUUUCUAAAUGUUCCUAUGUUUCGAAAUGUCUCUCUGAAGUGCCUCACUGAGAUUGCUGGUGUGAGUGUAAGCCAAUAUGAGGAACAAUUUGUAACGUUAUUCACACUGACAAUGAUGCAACUUAAACAGAUGUUACCUUUAAAUACCAAUAUUCGACUUGCUUACUCCAAUGGUAAAGAUGAUGAACAAAAUUUCAUCCAGAAUCUCAGUUUGUUUCUCUGUACCUUUCUUAAAGAACACGGUCAACUUAUAGAAAAGCGAUUAAAUCUCAGGGAAACAUUGAUGGAGGCUCUUCAUUAUAUGUUGUUAGUAUCUGAAGUAGAAGAAACUGAAAUCUUUAAGAUUUGUCUUGAGUAUUGGAACCAUCUGGCUGCUGAACUCUACAGAGAAAGUCCAUUUUCUACAUCUGCCUCUCCGAUGCUCUCUGGAAGUCAACAUUUUGAUGUUCCUCCCAGGAGACAACUUUACCUACCUGUAUUAUCCAAGGUCCGUUUAUUGAUGGUGAGUCGAAUGGCUAAGCCUGAAGAAGUUCUGGUUGUAGAAAAUGAUCAGGGAGAAGUUGUUCGAGAAUUUAUGAAGGACACAGACUCCAUUAAUUUAUAUAAGAAUAUGAGGGAAACAUUAGUAUAUCUUACACAUCUGGAUUAUGCAGACACUGAAAGAAUAAUGACUGAAAAACUUCACAAUCAGGUGAAUGGAACAGAAUGGUCUUGGAAAAAUUUGAACACUUUAUGUUGGGCAAUAGGCUCAAUUAGUGGAGCGAUGCAUGAAGAGGAUGAAAAAAGGUUUCUUGUUACAGUCAUAAAGGAUCUUUUAGGAUUAUGUGAACAGAAAAGAGGCAAAGAUAAUAAAGCUAUUAUUGCAUCAAAUAUCAUGUACAUAGUAGGUCAAUAUCCAAGGUUUUUGAGAGCUCAUUGGAAAUUUUUGAAGACCGUGGUCAACAAGUUAUUUGAAUUCAUGCAUGAAACUCACGAUGGUGUCCAGGAUAUGGCCUGUGAUACCUUCAUAAAAAUAGCACAAAAAUGCCGCAGGCAUUUUGUUCAGGUUCAGGUUGGAGAAGUAAUGCCAUUCAUUGAUGAAAUUUUGAACAACAUUAACACUAUCAUUUGUGAUCUUCAGCCUCAGCAGGUUCACACGUUUUAUGAAGCUGUUGGAUACAUGAUUGGUGCACAAACUGAUCAAACAGUGCAAGAACAUUUGAUAGAAAAAUAUAUGCUACUUCCUAAUCAGGUGUGGGACAGCAUAAUUCAGCAAGCCACAAAAAAUGUGGAUAUACUUAAGGAUCCUGAAACAGUUAAGCAGCUUGGAAGUAUUUUGAAAACAAAUGUAAGAGCAUGUAAAGCUGUUGGCCACCCCUUUGUAAUUCAACUUGGACGGAUUUAUUUAGAUAUGCUUAAUGUGUACAAGUGCCUCAGUGAAAAUAUUUCUGCAGCUAUCCAGGCCAAUGGUGAAAUGGUUACAAAACAACCCUUGAUUAGAAGUAUGCGAACAGUAAAAAGGGAAACUUUAAAAUUAAUAUCUGGUUGGGUGAGCCGGUCUAAUGAUCCACAGAUGGUAGCAGAAAAUUUUGUUCCUCCUUUGUUAGAUGCAGUUCUGAUUGAUUAUCAGAGAAAUGUUCCAGCUGCUAGAGAACCAGAAGUACUUAGUACUAUGGCUAUCAUUGUCAACAAAUUAGGGGGACACAUAACAACUGAAAUACCUCAGAUAUUUGAUGCUGUUUUCGAAUGCACAUUAAAUAUGAUAAAUAAGGACUUUGAAGAAUAUCCUGAACACAGAACAAACUUUUUCUUACUACUUCAGGCUGUAAAUUCUCAUUGUUUCCCAGCAUUCCUGGCCAUUCCACCUGCACAAUUUAAGUUAGUUUUGGAUUCCAUUAUCUGGGCUUUCAAGCAUACUAUGAGGAAUGUUGCAGAUACAGGCCUACAGAUACUUUUUACACUCUUGCAAAAUGUUGCACAAGAAGAAACUGCUGCUCAGAGUUUCUAUCAGACCUAUUUCUGUGAUAUCCUUCAGCAUAUCUUUUCAGUUGUAACAGACACCUCACAUACUGCUGGCUUAACGAUGCAUGCUUCAAUUCUUGCAUACAUGUUUAAUUUAGUAGAAGAAGGAAAAAUAAGUACACCAUUAAAUCCCGGAAAUCCAGUUAACAACCAAAUGUUUAUUCAGGAGUAUGUGGCUAAUCUUCUCAAAUCUGCUUUCCCUCACUUGCAGGAUGCCCAAGUUAAACUGUUUGUAACAGGACUCUUCAGUUUAAAUCAAGAUAUCCCUGCCUUCAAAGAACACCUUAGGGAUUUCCUGGUACAGAUAAAGGAAUUUGCAGGUGAAGAUACAUCUGACCUGUUUUUAGAAGAAAGAGAAACAGCCCUUCGACAGGCUCAGGAAGAGAAACAUAAACUUCAGAUGUCUGUCCCUGGCAUCCUUAAUCCACAUGAAAUUCCUGAAGAAAUGUGCGAUUAAAAAUCAAAACAAGUUAUGCUGUCUUUUUUCUGUACAGCUGCUUCGUUGUGGUAGAAGAAAACAGCAUUUGGAUAUUUGUUGACCAAAAUGAUGCCAAUUUGUAAAUUAAAAUGUCACCUAGUG